UGUGUGUGAGUGUGUGUGUGUUCCACCGGAGGUCAGCAGAGGGAAGCGUUUCUCUGCUCAGAGACAAUAAACACCAGGCGAAGCCCGCCACGGAUCUCCAGAUCUCCUUCUGAGGGUCUACCAUGUAAUCUCUGACCUGCAGACCAGACAUGUAGCCAGCAGGAUGCCGCCCCACUGGAUCUCCCGUUUGCUGCUCUUCGUGUCGGUGUGCUCGGUUCGGGGGGCGCUGGCCAAAUCCGUACCGGAGCACCCGGCAGCGUUCGAGGUACAAAUAAAAGUCCAGGUGUUUGACAACAGCAACCUGUCUCCGUUAGCGGACGCUCAGAUAGCCGUCCAGGGGAAUCAGACGUUCCUGGCGUCCAGCCGAGCAGGCAGCGAUGGCGUGGUGAGGGUCAGCUUCCCGUACCGAGUGGGCACGUGGGUCAUCAUCACCGCCUCCAAACAGGAUUACAUCACCAACUCGGUGCCGUGGCACUCCAACCGCAUCCCCUUGUACGCGUCGGUCAGCCUGUACCUCCUGGCUGAGAGACCUGGAACUCUCAUCCUGUACGAUGACGUCCUGCAGGUGCUCUCCGGGUCUCCAGGAGCUCACAACCAGCCACUGGUUCAGCUCCAGAGGAAGUCCAUCCAGCUCCCUCCCAGCUCCAACUACACCACGCUGUCGGCCGCUCUGACCACCGCCAGGAGUCAGUAUGAGAUCGGUGGAUUCCCGUUCCUCCUGGGCCAGGAGACCAACAGUUCAGGUGUAGACACCGGAUGGGCCGACCUGACAGCACUCGCCGUCGUCAGCAUCCAGCUCUUUAACAGAGAUGGCACCUCCAUCAACGUCUCGGAUCCGAUCCACGUCUCAGUGCCGCUGCCAUCUGACACUCGUAACAGGAUGGCCACCAGCAUCCCCGCCUGGCUCUACCAACCAAAGACGGGACUGUGGGUUCGAAACGGGACGGGCUAUAUCAAAAAGGAUGGGACACAGUUUGUGUGGAACGUCGUGGUUCCUCAGAUGGGAUACUGGUUGGCCGCCUUUCCUUCGUCUUCAGGUUUUGGUUUAUCUCAUCCAGGUCUGAGGGACAUCACCACCUACCACACCCUGUUCCUGCUCUCCAUCCUGGCUUCUCUGGCCCUGCUGGUCCUGAUCCUACUCUGUGUGUUGCUCUAUUACUGCCGACGGAGGUGUUUGAAACCUCGCCGGCAUCAGGGAAAGCCCCACACCUCCAAUCUGAAUGGAGCCAAGAGGGACCAGGGCACGUCGACUUCACGUCUGAAUCUGAUCUGCGGAGGCCAUGUUGAAUCGGGACCGUCCAAUGACAAAUCCGACUUGUCCCCUUCCCGGGACUACCAGAGUUCAAGGGAGGACUUAACGAAACACAUUCCAGCUCACAUGCUCCGACACACGAAGGGAAAGCAUCCCUCAGGUUCUCAGCGAGGGGAGAGCUUCCCCAUGAAGGUCACGCGAGCUACAGAGACCAAUAACCUGGACAACCCCCUUCUUCACGAAGACUACAACCGGAGCUACAGCCCCAAGGACGGCAAAGAGUCUGAAUACCACAGACACCACAGUGCCAAUGACAAUCGAGGAUAUGCGUCUGAUCCACCGUCCCCGCCUCGCUUCCAGGGCUACGUGCCAAGUCAGUCGGACAAACCUCCAGAAUAUUCCGCUGCAGCUGCAGACAGCAUUGCCCGUCCCACCUCCCUCAACACUCAACCGGGUCAGAUCAUCUUCUGCAGCUCCAUCGACCAGAUGAAAGAGAACAUGUACCGAAGCAUGGUGCCGACCCUGGUCAUCCCGGCCCACUACAUGCGCCUGCCACCAGAGUUUUCUGGCAAGGACGGUAAGGACCAGAAGGACCAGGAUAAAGAUGGGAUGCAGAUGGGAGGAAGCCAACAGCAUCACCACCACUCCCAGAAACAAGGCCAGCUGCAGCAAGGUGGAGCCCAAGGGGACGACUCAGAGGAGCCGAGCUGGGCAUCUGACUCGUCCGGCGGAGCCGUGACCAUCCCUGUGCUCUUCAACGACUCCACUAUGGCCCAGAUGAAUGGAGAACUUCAGGCUCUGACUGAGAAGAAGCUGCUAGAGCUGGGUGUCAAGCAGCACCCGCGGGCCUGGUUCAUCUCCCUGGAUGGACGUGAUAACGCUCAUGUUCGCCACUCUUAUAUAGAUGUUAGCAAUGACCUAAGUGGUGGUGGGUUGGGAUGUGGCUCCAGCAGCACUCAGCGAGACGUCAACCUCGAGCCACCUCUUGUGUCCCAAGAUCGAAAGUCAGCCGCUAACCGGAAAGGUAAGGAUGAGCGCUGGGGGACAGGAGGACGGAAGAGCCACGGUGUCAGCAGCAGCGGGAAGAAUUAUUCCAAACUGGCGUAUCCCGACCACAGCGAGCCAAGCAGCAGCGAAGGACGCCCUGUAUCGCCUGAAGAAAACUCCCUAACUCCUCUUCUGGACGAAGGACCGUCUUCACAUGGAUCCACCAACACCAGAAGGGGACGCAGCCGAGGCAACAGCAGUCGCAGCAACAACAGUGAGAACCGCCGAGACUCCACGACCAGUCCUGAGGAUGAUCCCGACGACAAAGAUGAGAACAAGAAGAGUCCAUGGCAGAAGAUCGAAGACCGGCCUCUCAUGGUCUUCCACCCCAGGAAGUGAUCUUUGUAAACUUGGAGAACUCUGAUCUUUUUAACAGUCCAAGAACUGAAGAGUGAGAAUGAUCACAAUAAGCACAGACUGCUGGAGUGGUCCGUUUCCUGGUUGCUGGUGGCGUUUCUGGUUUGGUGCGUUUGUGUUCCACCGUUCGUUCUGAUUUCUUCUGCAUCCGUCCUGUUCAUCGUGCAUUCUGUCACAUCACUGAGCCUCCACCUGAGCCGACACUUUACUGACUGGAAACAGCCAUAAGAUAGAGCAGAACAUGGGAACCGUCUGGAUCAUUUGUUAACUGACUGGUAAUUAACAAUGACUUUUGACAUGAAGGAUUUUUUAAUGGGAUUUAUUAGCUUGUAGCUGAAAUCAACCCCUUUUCUCUCUACUAUUUUUUACACGGAAGUUCCCUGCUUUGUCCCAAAUUGUAAUUAGAAAAUCCCUUUUUGUCCUGCAGAACAUGAAAACCGUGGCAGUUGUGGAAUGAAUGGAUGUUUUCUGCUAAGGUCUCAGCACCGCUUGGAGAGACGUUCAUGACUUCUUCCUCAUUAUUUACUGUGUUAACGUGCUGUCGUUUGUUAUUUAGAUCAAAUCUGUGUGUAAUCUUAAUCAUGUUUUCUGCCAGUGACAAACUUUGCAAUUCUGCCAAAAGUUUAGAUUUCUGCGGCUUUCCGCCAGCAGAGACUUCUUGGUGUAAAUAGAUGCCCCGUUGUUUAAGAGCGUGUUUGUUUGAGGAAGAUGCAUGAGGAUGAAUGUGUGGAGCUAGCAGAAGGCACCUCGACCCCCAUGUCUUUGGGUUCUUAGUCGACUCUUAUUCAAGAAAACCACUGAUUUACUUGAUGCUGGCCGGCUGAGGUCCAGACGGUGGUUUGUCGACGAGCCUGAACCACGUCUCUCCUGUAAGUGCCUUCUAUCACAGAGGACCGAGUGACAGGCAGGGCCUUUACACAGUCUGAGGAGAUCAACAGGCACCAAUAAGCACACUGCAUGGAGCUACCAUCCCUCUGGGGAGCAUGCCAGCCCUUGCUGACAGGUGGCUAGGUCGUCCUUACAGUUACACUUCUUCUAUAGACCCUGUUUUCCAGAAAAUCUGUAAAUGCUAUAAGAUUUUAUGUGUACAUGUGCAUGUAAUGUAGAAUAGGAUGUUUCUAAUUCAGCCUUUUUGGAAACAAUUAGGAUAUUUGGCACUAAAUAUUAUUGACAGUUGCACAGAACUGUGUUGCCAAAUGGACUUUCUAUAAAGAAAUGACUUUUCCCUGAGAGAUAGAUUGGUUUUUAAGUUGGGUUGUGUAAACCAUGGUCAGGUUUUUACCUGCAGCAAAGUGAUCUCAGUGAUCAGGAGGAAAUCUCAAACAGGAGUCAAGCUAACAGCUUUUAAUGCAGGCGUUUUCUACACAUUUUCAUUUAUCAUUAAUUGUUCAUUGUGUCACAACUAGCUGUUGGCAGGAGCUAGCCAUUAGCAGAACUCUGACUAGACUUUGGCAAGACCUGCUAGCCCUUAGGGACGCUGACUAGCCGUUAGCUUCCUCAGGUUUCAUGCUGAUCAGAAAUAAUCAUCAGAACCCAAAGUAACAUUCUUAACCGUCUCUUUGAUGUUGCUGUUAUAAAUCUGACUUCCAGUCGUAAAUGUUUACAACAACACUGGCCAACAUGCUCCUGCUCCAGCAUCACUGCCGUCCAUUCAUCAGCAGCCGUGAACUUAACGAAAACUCAGCUUUUCUGUUAGUUUCACAACAAUAGAGCUCCGGACGUCACGUGACUCUCAGAGAGUAGACGCCAUGUUGGCAGGCAACAAAGGUAAACAAAAUGAAUGGGGUCGGCUUGGAUUUUACUCCGUUGGGAGUUUACUUCACACUAUAAAACCCAAGAAAUAGUUUUAUAUCGUCAGAAAUUAAAUAGACUAAACAUCUCCGACUCUUACCGUGCCCCUGGGAUACUUUUUAAAAACGCCAGAAGCUGUCGGAGCGGACCUCUUACCGGAUUUGAGAAGCCCUGACAUUUAUAAUUUAUAAAACUAAUUAAACAAAAACACAAAUAACAUAGAUUUACUCGUAAGUAGUUUAAAUAGAGUGCUGUGCAAACUUUGAAUGUAUAAACUGAACGCCAAGAGAAAUCACUAGUCUGAUUUUUUUCCGUGAAUAAAAUAAAUAUGUCAGGCAGGAGCGUCUCAGGAUCAGUCUGAGAUCUGUCUCGGUGAGACAGAUAAUAGCAAUCCAAAGUGCUUUUUAUGUGUGAUCGGACAAUUGAUCAACCAUUGCUUAAAAAUUCAAUACAGCUUAGCCGGUUAAUUGCUGUGAUCAUAAGACACGUAAACGGCAGCACGCAGAAAUCCCACGGAAAUGUUUUACGUGAUGUUUACUUGUUGCUAGUAAUAAGACAGAAAAAGCCACGCCAAAAUAAGUUUAGGAAGCCCACUAAGAAUCAUAAUAAAAGCAUUUAAAAUAAAUACCAUACACAGUUGAGGAAACGUUGGUUUAAGUACCUGAUAUGAAGCGGUCGCUGCAUAAGCGAAAACCUUUACUCUCGGGAUCCCACAGUUUCAUUUUAGCCCAGUCACUAGCGCGUUUUAUUACAAUGAUCCAACGUUUGCGGCGUUCCGGAUCUUGGGGAAUCCUGUAGAUGGCUCAUUCCUUAUGUCGUCUGCGUCUGUUCUGCAUCCUGGGGCACAACAGGAAUCUACCAUAUUUCCCGUUUGAGUUUUCUGACAACAUCAAAUAGUUCAACUGCGGGCUUCUGCCUGCCAAUAUGGCGCCGUUUCGAUUUGAGCUGUUGCAUGCCGGGAGAAGUGACGUCAAUUCCCGGAGCUCUGUUGACUGAAGUGAAAAUGCCACGCUGUAAUGUUUUCAUGUUGGCUUGCUGCUCAUGUGCCACAAACCUACAAGACAAACUAAAAAUGUGAGUUAAUCAAGUGUGAAGACUAUAAGGCUGGAUUUCUGUGUCCACUGCUGUAAAUGUAAAAGCUUUUGGACUAGUUAUGAAUUUAAAAGUUGUGAAAUUGUGGCUGAUUUUCUUUUACACAAAAAGGUGUGUGUUCCUCAGAAGGUUUUGUGAACUUUGUGAUUCACCCUGAGCUGGUUCCCGAGAAGGCACUUUAAAUGACUUUGUUGGAUUUUAUUUGUGUUGAUGAAGGUGAGGAUGAGGAGGAACUGAAGGCCUUCACUCUGUGCUGUGAACCAUUUCCAUCACUAACCUGGUCAGUUGUUUGUAAACUGAAAAUUGUUUCUUUCUGUACACGAAAGAUUAUGGAAAUAAAUUUGUUCCCACAGUC